AUUUACAUAGUUUUGAAAUGAGAGGUUUCUAGUUAUAAAAGCAAUUUUUUCAUUUUAGAAUGAACCUUCAUCAGUUUUCAAAAGGGCUUGUUUAAUGUGUUUUUAUCAAAACACUGGGAGGACUAAAUAUACAAGGAGUUUUGUUCCAGCUCUAUGAUCUCUACCUUCUGGAGAACUGGAAAUAACUGUCACCUACUUGUCACUCAGAUUUACAUGCACCACUGUGAAACUGUAAUGUGAAAAUGGGACACCUGAAACAGAAAUUUCAGCUUCUUAGCUGAAUUUUUUUGCCUCAUGGUCAAAUCACUGCCUUGGAAUUGAUGCAGUUGAAAAGAAAGGGGAAAGGAGGUGUUUCCCUCCAUUGGCUCAUCAUCACUGUACCUCUCUCAUUCUGCUUGCUCCUCCUUCUGAUCCCCGAGUGAAGAUGAGUGACCUGCUGCGAAUAUGACAUCUCUGACAAGUGUCAUUGCCUCCCACCAGUCCGAGUGGGUGUCCUUCACUGACGAGCUGCUCCUCCCUGUUCCCCCACGAGGUAGCACUGAGGCUCCUCCAGUGAAAUGUUUUAAUUCCUCAGACACAUCCUCAGAAGAGAACCACAAUGCAAAUGGAGAAUUUCAAGACCUUUUCUGCACAGAGCUGGAGGAGGCAGCUGAGCAGCCCAAGGUGGAUUCUGCUGUGCUUGGUAACCACGUGUCUCCCAGUACUGAUCUGUCAUCAUCCAUCAGUGCUUGGGUUCAGUUUGAAGAUGCACCGUGGACCAGUGCUUCAUCAACCCACCCACAAACAGUGUCUGCAUCAAAAGCACCCAGCUGGACUUCUCCCUCUUCCAACUCUUCUGAGAGGCAAGCCCGUGCCUCAGGGAGCAGCUGGACAACCAACUCAGAGGACACCAGCAGCCCAAGCAUUGCUCCCUCCUACACAGAUCUGCAAUCACUUAAUACCGAGGACUUGACCAGUGGAAGAACAUCUGCAGCAGAUUCAGCUGACAACUCCUCAUCUCUCCAGGAAGAUGAAGAGAUAGAUAUGGAGGCUGUCAACUGGCAGCUGAGCAACACCUCCAUGAAUGGCCAUUCAUCUACCCCAACCACAGUUCGCUUUCCCAGCUGGGUGACCUUUGAUGACAAUGAAGUCAGUUUUGCACCACAGAGCCUUUCUCCCUUGAAAACAGAUACCCCACCUGCAGAAACACAGGCUCCAGAUGUUAACUUUAAUCUCACUACAUCUUUAAAGAAAAGAGAACGUCCUAAAAGUACAUUGGGAGACCUCUCCAAAAUUCAAAAACUAGAUCUCUCCUCUUUAACCAAGUUGCCUUCUGUUGAAACACCACCGUGGAGUGCUACUAAUCCCUUUCUGGAUGAAUCUCUUCGAGAUGUCCAACCCUCACCCAUCAAUCCAUUCAGCUCAUUCUUUGAGGAGCAAGAGAGGCGUUCCAAAAGCUCUUCUGUUUCCAGUGCUCCAGGCAAAAGCCAUAGAGACUCUCUCAUUAUUCUCCAUCAAGAGCCUGAUACAAUCAGUUUCCAUGAGGCAAACAAGACUGUAACGCACACAGAUGCUGUAGAGCAGCUCAAACAGCUCCAGAUUGGAGACCCAGAUGGUGUGAGCAGUCCUACCUUGCCCGAUGAUGACCCCAUGAUGCCAUAUGAUCUGGAUGCAGCUUUAUUUAACUUGGCACCAGCUCAGCCAAAAGAUGGAUGGCCAAUGAUGCUGAGGAUCCCAGAGAAGAAGAACAUUAUGUCAUCCAGGCACUGGGGACCAAUAUACGUCAAGCUGACUGACAGUGGAUGUAUACAGCUUUUUUAUGAGAAGGGGCUAGAGAAGCCUUUCCGGGAACUCAAACUUGAAAUCAAUCAUGAGAUUUCAGAGCGCAAACUGCAGAACUAUGAUGAGAAUGGAAGGAUACACAGCGUGCGGUUGGAUCGCACAACAUACAAGGAGAAAAAGAAGUAUCAGCCUAAGCCAGCCAUUGCACACACUGCAGAGAGAGAGCAAAUUAUCAAGCUUGGGACUACAGAUUAUGAAGACUUCCUUAGCUUCAUCACUGCUGUGCAAGACACACUGAUGAACUUGCCAGCUUCAUCAACAGAUCUGAGCACAGUGGGACUGAAUUACCAAGAAGAAGAAAUCACUGUGGAUGUUAGGGAUGAGUUUCAUGGCAUCUUGGCCAAGGGAGAUAGUGUGAUUCUCCAGCACAGUGUGCUGACUCAUAUCUAUGUUCUCAGCUUCCUUUCUGGCCUGGCAGAAUGCAGAUUGGGCCUUAAUGAUAUCCUGAUCAAAGGGAAUGAAAUAGUUGCAAGGCAGGAUAUUAUGCCCACUACUACCACUAAGUGGAUUAAAUUACACAGCUGCCGCUUCCAUUCAUGUGUGGAUGAGGAUAUGUUUAAUAACUCCCGUAUUAUCCUGUUCAACCCCUUGGAUGCCUGUCGGUUUGAACUGAUGAGAUUCAGGACUGUCUUUGCUGAGAAAACUUUGCCUUUUACUCUGAGGACAGCUGCCAGCAUCAAUGGUGCCGAGGUGGAGGUGCAGAGCUGGCUGAUGAUGUCCACAGGGUUCUCUUCCAACCAUGAUCCUUUAACUCAGGUCCCUUGUGAAAAUGUGAUGAUCCGCUACCCCGUGCCAAGUGAGUGGGUGAAGAACUUCCGCAGGGAGAGUGUCCUGGGGGAGAAAUCUUUGAAAGCCAAGGUGAACAAGGGAGCCACUUUUGGAUCAGCCAGUCUGUCUGGUUCUGAGCCAGUAAUGAGAGUCACUUUGGGAACUGCCAAAUAUGAGCAUGCCUUUAAUUCCAUCGUAUGGAGGAUAAACCGACUGCCUGACAAAAACUCAGCUUCUGGCCAUCCUCACUGCUUUUUCUGUCACCUAGAGCUUGGCUCUGACCGGGAAGUGCCUUCCAGUUUUGUCCGCUAUGUAGAUGUGGAAUUUGACAUGCCCACCACUUCUGCGUCCAAAGCCACUGUUCGGUCCAUCUCUGUUGAGGACAAGACUGAUGUGAGGAAGUGGGUCAACUAUUCAGCACACUACAGUUACAAGGUUGAAAUAGAGCAGAAAAAAAGCUUGAAUGAGGAUCUGAAGGCAGAAAGUACUGCAGAUGUCAAUGAAUGUGUUACACAGUAAAGGAAGAUCAGUCUGCAAGUCCCAAGAGGGGUGGUCAAAUUAACAGACCCGGAAAAAAGAACUUGCAGUGGUUGGGUAUUUUUCUUUUUAAAAAAUAGGGACUACUACUUUUAAAAUAGUGCUCUGAAGAGUAUAAUUUUUUCUCCUUGUGGUGAUCCAUACUUUGAGAAGAAUGUGGUCAGGGUUUGUUUGGAGGGGAUCCACAGGUCUUUGCUGGAGCAAGUACAGUUGUACAGUCAAGCCUGCCUUUUCUGCCUUUGCACCAUUUAGGUUCUGCACUCAAGUAUGGUCUGGCAACCAUCACAGCCACACCAGAAAACAGCCUUUAUCUCACAAUCUCGCCCUUCCACAUUAAGCAUUUUGUUUCAAUGCCUUUUGGUUUGGCCUUUGACUGAAUUGCUUCCUUCUGAACUGCCAAUUAAAAUUCAGGGAGGAUCAAGUGGAAAAUUACAUAAAAUCUCCUUUCUGAAAUGGUCCACAGAGUGAAAACCUUGAGCAUCAAUCUGAAGAAUCAACACACUCUGCAUCUUAAACAAAGAGAAUGGUCUCUGUGUUGAACUAGAUGAACUACAGACAGGACAGUUGAUCACAGAGCUGUCCCUCUCUUCAGCCCUUCCUGUCUCAUCCCUUGAGUGACAUGUCACUGUGCACGUUUUCAUGGGGUUUGCACAAGUUACAAGAAAGCCUCUACAAUUUCUUAAAAUUUUUACUUUGUAGUCUGAGCCGUUCUGGUAUCUUGACUGAACAUGGUCGUGGCUGCUAGUAAUAGGGAAUGGGUGUUACAGUAGUGGAGAUACCAGAGGGACUUUGCUAAGAUUAGAUCAUUCCUGCCUAGAAAGAUAUUUAAGGGAAAAACAUGGGGGUUUAGUUUUGGGUUUGGGGUUUUUUUGUAUGUUUUCUUGGAUGGGUAAAAUGGGUGGUUAUUAAAAAUGUCAGAACACAAUUACUUUAACAGAAAAUGUUGUUUGUUUUCCUGAAAAUCCUUGGAAGUCUGUCCAGCACAAUAUUUUCAUGUUCUAUCUUGAACCUACAAUAUAAGUCAUUUGUAGCUUUAUAAUACUCCCAUUAACUGGGCCCCAAAAUCUCCUUCCAAAAAUUAACAAGCUUCUAUCAUGGAGAUUUUUUAUCCCCACUUAGCUGGAAGUAAUAGCAAGUCUUAAAACCUCUUUGUAAAUAAAAGUGCAGAAGAUAUAAAUCACUCAUUUACACAUAUUUUCAGAGAAAACAGUGUUAAAAGUGCCCAAUCUUAGUUGUUUCUAUGGCAUGUGUAAUAUUUUGUCUCGUAAUGUUAAAUGUAAAGUAAGUAAUUUAUUAAAUCAUUUAUCUUUUGAAAGGUUACUACUGACUAUAAAAUACACAUUUGGAAAACUUGGGCAAUGUAAUUUAAAAUCAUAAUGAAUUAAAAUGAAAGUUUUUUUAUAAAUUCAUUUUACAUUUAAUAUAAAAAAAUUAAUAUACUCUUGAUUUACCACUUUCACUGUAAUACCUAUAAAAAUUACUACAGUGUUAAAAUCCCAAAUAAAUAAUGAAAUUA